AUGAACCUGUUUGCGACCUGGGAGAUCGACCGGUCCUCCCCGAGCUGCGUGCCCAGACUCUGCAGUCUGACCCUGAAGAGGCUGAUGGUCCUCAGAGAGCUGGACCGAGAGCUCAGCUCCGUCGUCAUCGCUGUGAAGAUCCAGGGCUCUAAAAGGACUCUGAGGUCCAACGAGUACGUUCUGCCUCCGGACGGGCUGAUGGAGACGGACCUGGAGCUCACCUUCUCCCUGCAGUAUCCUCACUUCCUGAAGCGAGACUCCAACCGUCUGCACGUGAUGCUGCAGAGGAGGAAACGCUACAAGAACCGAACCAUCCUGGGCUACAAGACGCUCGCCGUGGGCGUCAUCGACAUGGCCGAGGUGAUGCAGCAUCCGACCGACGGCGCCCACGUCCUCGGUCUCCAUAGCAACCUGAAGGAUGCUUCUGUGCGUGCGGCGGAGCUGAGCGUCCAGUCCCUGUGCAGCCAGCCAAUAGAACACGAGGACACGAGUCACCAUGGCAACAAGACCAAGGCCUCAGGUAGGAGCGCAGACCCACAACAACACACAACACAGCUACAGACGCACAACAACACGCACAACACAGCUACAGACGCACAACAACAUCCUCAGGACAUGUUCGAUGAUGACGACGACGUUCAGGGAAAGACCAAGAAGUCUCACAGGAAGAUGAUUCGAACAGCCUCCCUGACUCAGCAGCCGAACUUCAAGCAGAAGUUUGUGGCUCUGCUGAAGAGAUUCAAAGUCUCUGAUGAGGUUUGUGCUCAGCAGCCUUCAGGAUACACAACACAACAACACACACAACAGGCUACAGAGGCUGAGGAGGACCUGGACCUGCUGUACGACAGUCUGGAGGUUUACAACCCGAGCGACAGCGGCGCCGAGCUGGACGACAACGACAGCAUCCAGAGCACACCCAAACCCAAGCUCAGGCCGUUCUUCGAGGGCGUCUCCCAGACCGAGGUCCCUGCCAGCAGCCAGAAGAACCAGCAGACGGAACCAGCAGCUGCAGCAGCCGAGCUCCAGGGAGCCCGAAGCCCCGAGGAAGCCCGAGGAGAGGAGGCCGAUCCUGGGGAGGCCGAGGAUGAUGUUGCCAUGACAACAGAUGCAGGUCCUGCUGCCAAACUCUGUAAAACCGAGUCCCAGACACUCAUGUCACCAAGUAAGUCCGGAGCUUCUGUGUCUCGACAUCCCUGGAGCGUCUCUGUGAAGGACAGACAGAACUCCAGAGGGACGGACAGAACCAGCAGCAUCGACAGUGAAUCAUCCGCUGACUACAGAACACCUGCUCCACAGGUGGCCAGAAAGUCUGUUCUGGAUCAGCUGAACCACAUCCUGUUCUCUGAGGAACACAUUCCUGAAUCCAUCAUCCUGAUCAACACCACCGACUGGCAGGGACAGUACCUGUCUGAGCUUCUCUUCGAUCAGCCAAUCGUCUGCACCGUCUCCGUUGCCGACGUCCAGGCCGCCUUCAGUGCCGUCAUCAGCCGCAUCCAGAGAUUCUGUAACUGUAACUCCCAGACUCCACCCACAGUGAAGGUGGCGGUGGGCGGCGACCAGACCUACCUGAGUACCGUCCUUUGCUGCUUCGUGGAGCAGCUCGCCAGCAAGACGCCUGAUUGGCUGAGCUACGUCCGCUUCCUCAUCCUACCUGUCGGUGUGUGUGUCUCUCUGACAGAUCCAGUGGGCGUGGCCAGCCGGGUGUCUCAGUACCUGGCUGGAGCUGCUGUGUCUCACCUGUGUCCGAUCUCUGAGGCCAUGCUCACCUGCAAGCACAAGAGCCCUGACGAUGACUCCUGCCAGAAGUUUGUUCCUUUCAUCGGGCUGGUGAAGGUCGGCAUCGUGGAGCAGAACUUCCUGUCCACCUCAGUGGACUCUGACGACAUCAUCCUGGGGUCUCCUCCCUCCCAAUCAGGAGCUCCGAUCAGCAUCACCUCCACGCCUCCCCCCUCCCCCUCCAUCAGCUGUCCAGCGGAGGUGAUGGGGCUGCAGGUGGACUACUGGAGCAGUCAGGGAGGAGGAGGAGGAGGAGGAGGAGGAGGAGGAAGCAGAAAGGAGGCGGCGAUGAAGAACACGCUGAAGAGCAACUUCCGCUGCCUGCAGGUGUCGAGGCUCAGCGGAGGAGAACUGAUGAGCAUGACGGUGGUGACGAAGGAGAAGAACAAGAAAGGUGAGAAGGAAGAAGUGGCAGACAUGAACCUUGGGAUCACUUAG